GUCUAUGUUACAGGAGCCUACAGAUGCAGUGGUGUAUGCAUAUUUUUGCAUCUGGUCUGGUGAGAUAGGGUGCAACGCGAACGGCUUUACAGCUUACCACAUCAGUUUGGACACAAGGGUGCAAUGACUCGAGACGGCGUAGACAGCGACAAGGACACUCGGAGGAAAAGUGUCAAGAUGAAGCAUCUUCGUUCUCCCUCUUCCAUAGGGAGCACUAAAGGUGUCAGCGAGGCCAAGAGCGGAGACGCGGAGACCGAUGUGGGGAGACCCUUCAGAACCAACGUUAACGGCGACUGCCGAAGGUUUCGGGGCAGUCUGUCUUCCAUCACCAGUCGGCAUGCCCCAGACGCGGAUCUGGCGGAGCAGAGGCAACUCAUCACCGAAGGGGACGCGAGUCCCGAGGACGACGGUCCUCUGGAGCAACCCGGAUCCGGAGAGAGCCAAGGCGCGCAGGGUGGUCAUAGCGACGGGGCACAACAGGCGUCCUCUGAAGAACAGUCGAGUUUCAUAAAGUUGGAGGGUAUCGAUCAGAUCAUGCCAGACGAUGAGAGGUUGUAUCCGGCGGGGUUUAUGCACAAGCAAUUUGGCGCGAUGCUUCAGCCCGGGGUCAACAAGUUCUCACUCCGAAUGUUCGGGAGCGAAAAGGCUGUGGAGCGCGAACAAGAACGGGUCAAAUCCGCAGGCUUUUGGAUCAUUCACCCAUACAGUGACUUCAGGUUCUACUGGGAUCUAAUCAUGCUCCUCUUGAUGGUGGGCAACUUGAUCAUCAUCCCUGUAGGCAUCACCUUCUUUAAAGAUGAACACACCCCUGCCUGGAUAGUCUUUAACGUGGUCUCUGACACAUUUUUCCUGGUGGACCUGGUUCUGAACUUCCGCACCGGGAUCGUCAAGGAGGACAGCACUGAAAUCAUCCUGGACCCUCAGCAGAUCAAAGUGAGAUACCUUCGGAGCUGGUUUGCUGUGGAUUUUAUCUCUUCCAUCCCUGUGGAUUACAUCUUCCUCAUUGUAGAAACACGCAUCGACUCAGACUUCUAUAAGACAGCGCGAGCGUUGAGGAUUGUACGUUUCACUAAAAUACUCAGUCUGCUUAGGCUGCUAAGACUGUCCAGACUCAUUAGAUAUAUCCACCAAUGGGAGGAGAUUUUUCACAUGACCUAUGACCUGGCUAGUGCCAUGGUGCGCAUUGUGAAUCUGAUUGGAAUGAUGCUGUUGCUGUGCCACUGGGACGGCUGCUUACAGUUCCUGGUACCAAUGCUGCAGGACUUUCCCUCCGACUGCUGGGUGUCCAAAAACAAAAUGGUGAAUGACACAUGGGGUCAGCAGUACUCCUACGCCCUGUUUAAGGCCAUGAGCCACAUGCUGUGUAUCGGCUACGGCAUGUACCCACCCGUUGGCAUGACGGAUGUAUGGCUGACCAUUCUCAGCAUGAUUGUGGGCGCAACCUGCUAUGCCAUGUUUGUGGGCCAUGCUACCACCCUCAUUCAAUCACUGGACUCCUCAAGAAGGCAGUACCAGGAGAAGUAUAAACAGGUGGAGCAGUACAUGUCCUUCCACAAGCUUCCAGCAGAUAUGCGGCAGAGGAUCCAUGAUUACUAUGAGCAUCGCUAUCAGGGCAAGAUGUUUGACGAGGAAAGCAUUCUGGGAGAACUAAAUGAGCCACUCAGAGAGGAAAUCAUCAGUUUUAACUGUCGAAAGCUUGUGGCCACCAUGCCUUUGUUCGCCAAUGCAGAUCCCAACUUUGUAACCUCCAUGCUUACCAAGUUACGUUUCGAGGUGUUCCAGCCAGGAGACUAUAUUAUCAGAGAGGGGACGGUUGGGAAGAAGAUGUAUUUCAUCCAACACGGCGUACUAACUGUCCUGACAAAGGGCAGCAAAGAGACAAAGAUCUCUGAUGGUUCUUACUUUGGAGAGAUCUGCUUGCUGACCCGAGGCAGAAGAACAGCAAGCAUUAGGGCGGACACAUACUGUCGUCUUUACUCGCUGUCUGUGGACCAUUUCAACGAGGUGUUGGAGGAAUACCCCAUGAUGCGGCGGGCCUUUGAGACCGUAGCUCUUGAUCGCCUUGACCGCAUAGGUAAGAGAAACUCGGUGCUCCAGCACAAAGUCCAGCGGGAUCUCAAUUCCGGAGUGCUGAACUACCAAGAGAACGAGAUAAUCCAGCAGAUUGUGCAGCACGACAGGGACAUGGCCCAUUGUGCCCACCUCAUGCAGACACCUCCCCCAGCUCCUCACCCAGCACCCAAUCCAUCCUCUCACACCCCCGUUAUCUGGGCACCCCUAAUCCAGGCUCCUCUACAAGCUGCUGCAGCCACCACUUCAGUCGCCAUCGCCCUGACCCGUCACCCCCAUUUGCCCCAUACGCUCUUCCGGCCCCCUGUCCCCUUGCUUGGCUCUUUUAAAGACCAGCCAGGGUACGUAAAAAGAUUCCAGACAGCUCUUUCGGGCACUGAUGCAUUCGGUGGCUCUUCAUCAACCAGCUCACAGUUCAGCUCUUGUAUAGAGACCCCAAUUCUUGACACACUCAGGGCAAAGAGAUCAUCUACCUCCACACCUCCACCACUGUCCUACAGCUCCUUACCAUCCACCAUCACGACAACCAUCACCACCACCUCCUCCAGCAUCACAGAGUCUUCCAUCUACCCCCAAAGAUCCCUUGCCUCCAAAGACUUCAGUGUUGCCCAGCUCCAUUCACAACCACAACUUCCUCAGGCCUCUUUCCCCAGCAUUGCUGCAUUACUUCCUGGUUUCUACCAAGGAGAGGCUUUCCACCAUGCAGUUCCCCCUGCGUCCACCCUCACUCCUUUGAUAGCGCACUCAGUCAGUCCCAUACUGACCCAACUGCAUCCUGCUCAGCCUACUCCCCAACAACCGAAACCAAGUUCUGACUUGAAUAAAGUCACAAGGACAGCUUCUAAAUCUACUAUAACGGAGUCCCCUGUAUGCUUCAGGAGCAUUCAAGAACAAGUCUCAAGUGUCCCGUCUCAACACCCACAGUGUGGUCUACAGCCAGAUGUUCUCACCCAGCUUUCCCAAGAACCCUCUGCUCUUUCUUCCCUAGCACAGUAUGGGUCAGGAAAUGCGUCCCCAUGUAGCACUCCCUCAGCUUGGAGUCCCACAUGCCAGAGUCCCACAGUGGAGAAGAUGAGAAUGUCCAUGCAUAGCCACCCUGCCAGCAUCUUUGGAUCACAAAGUUCACUCCUAACCCCUCAGACACUCUAUCUACCACCAUCUCAAACAAGAGAUAUGGGUGGAUCUCUGGUCGAUCUACCAUCCCAUGACUUAAGCACCAUUUCCAUGUCCCCCCCAACCCCAGGACCACCUGAAAAGUCCAAGCCAGUUGGACAUGGACCACAACCUCCUGACUUGUCCCAUCACAGAGGAUCAGCUUCAGGUUUGUCACCUCUGCCCUCGCCCCAACCCGUUAUCAAACCAUUUAGCUCAAUACCUAGUCACGUGGUCUUAUCAAGACAAACUUCAAAGUUGUCCAUAGCUCAGACUGGAUCCUCAGGUGGGUCACCAGCCCAUGGGUCUAGUGACAGGUCCACGCCUGAGACGACAAGCUUGCAUCCAAAACUCCCUUCAAAUUUAUGAGAAUGGGCUGCACCCUCCUACAACAAGUAAACUAUUAUUUUUAAUAGCCAGAAGUAUUCGUCAAAGGAACUGACAUUUUUUUUGCCAGAAAAGGAGGGUGUACGUUUGUCUACUUUCAUUUCUAUUAGUCCAAUGACUUUUUAGAUUGUUAUGCCAAAAGAAGGAACAGACUAAUAAAACUGACAGAAGAAUGAAGGUGUGACUUAAAUUUGUCUUCCAAGUUCUGUCAGUAAUUUUUGCAAUAUUAUUGUCUGAUGAUAAGACUGUAUAGUGAUAUGCAACAAGUUACGACUUCCAAAAAAACAACAAAAAAGAAACAAAACAAAAAAGGUUCUUCAGAGUAAUAAUUCUAAGGGAUGUAUGUAUGUUUGUGAUUUUGUGUGUGUGUGAGCGAAUGCUAGUUAUUGUUAUGUUUUAAUAGUAUGCUCUUUUUAAAGGAGGGAAACAUGCUGGGUCAGGGAAGCAAAACUAGAUAUGUCACAGUUCAUCAGUUGGGCAUCAUCUGUCACUGUGAAAGAACACGCUGUUCAGGUCUCUCCAGGCAGGUGGCACAGUUUCACACACACACACACACACACACACACACACACAGUAAUACAGAUGCACAAAGAAACCUAGCCCUCAAUACCCCAGUCAUCUAGACCUGGUGUGAUCUUUCCACUAGACCUUGACCCCAUACAUACCUUCUUCCUGACAUAGGGGGACUGCUCAGUAUCUAUGGCCUUUCCUUUUGUAACAAUACUGCCUUAGUGACUGGACACCAGGGAAUGACACCCUCAUUUCCACAACAGAAAAAAUUAUAUUAAGAAUGUUUUGCAAUCAUUUUGUAUGUGCUUUUGUGAACUUGUGCAGUACUUAAGCAAUAAAACUGUAUGCUUGGUUUUUGUACAUGCACAGAGGUUGAACUGUAUAUUGCAGCUUUCUUCCUGUCAAACAGAAGAUCCUGGAUGAUUGUGACAAUGGCAACGACACUAUUACUAAUAUGAUGCAGUUAUAAAACAAGCCCACUGCAGUUACCAAAGCUUAUGAGUCGCGAACUGUAAUUACAAAGUCAUAUUUGGAUUUGGUUUGUAUGUUUUAAUUUCCAUUUUGCAUCUGUUCAGAAAUUAUGAAAUGCACAUUUUGAAAAAUGCAGUAGGCCUAUACCCCAAAAUCUGCGUGAGGUUGUACAUGUUUUUAGGUUGUACUGUAUAUGCUUUCUGGUUGUGCAAUAUAUGUUUAGGUUCAUACGUAUUAUAUUUCAUAACUGUAAAGAUGAACAGUUUUGACCACUUGAGAUGUAUUACAACAAUCAGAGGACAAAAUGUUAUUGAAAUGUAAUAAUUUUAUACAGACUAACUGCAAAUGCAAAACAGACACAAUAUUUAGGCUAGCACCUGCUAUGAUAUGCCAUAUGUGGCCGGUGGUAAAAAAGAGGAAUAGUAUUUUUCUAAGUCUCCUUCCUUUUAAGCAAAGCUUACACAGGUUGAUGAUAAAAAUUCCCUUCUUUGUUCCAAGUUAAUAUAUUAUGGUUUAUAUCAUUUUUAAUACAUGUAUAUGUAUAUAUCUACUUAUUGUGUAUGUGUUUAUUUGUUUUGUUGAUCUAUAUAGUCAUAAUUUAAUCUAUAUACCGUCAUCAUCAACCCGCUAAUACUGUCAUUAAGCAUCACUCUGUCUUUCCACUGUCUUUCAACUCUGUUUCAUUCUUGCACUAUGCAUUUGAUUAUCAUAUUAUUAUUUUAAUUUUCAGACCCUAUUAAAGGACUAUUCCAGGUA